AAUGCUUUAAAUUUGUAGGCAAAGAUGAAUGAUCGAAUUUGUCACAUUUACCGUUUAUAAUCUCAAUAAAUAUACAUACAAACAUAUUUGUGGAUAUUAUAAAUCAAAAUCACAAUCAUGCUUCAUCGACCUACUCUCAUGCCUGCAUCAAUGAAAUCAUCCUCAAAAUUCAACUUAUCUACUAAUUCAAAACAUUCAUCUCAAUCAAGUAAAAUAGAAAGUCCAGAAUUGAUUCAACUACUUAACUGUGGUGAUGAUGAUGAUGAAAUAGUUAUUGUAGAACCUACAGAUCCAGAUGAAGACCGUAUGAAACAGGAAGAUACAACAUUUGAUGAUGUAUUAAACAAAGAACAAGAAGAUUAUGCGGAGGAAGAUUACAAUGGGAAUGAUGGAGAUAUGAAUUCGGAUGACUCUCAUAUGAAAAGUGAAUCUCACAUCCCAGUGUCGAAUAUUAAAGUGGAUGAAGCCACUGGAAAUGCAACUCCAGUGACCGUAACCACAGAUUCGGUUAAACCUAUUGGAAUUUUACCUCUGAAUGAUGUGAUUCACAAUUUACUCACAUGUACACCACAUGUUGCUCCCACCAUACAAAAUGUUGCACUUCAACCUAUACUGUCGGGUAAAAUGAACGGAUCGGGAAGUGUGCAAAUGCCGAAUGUUGUUUCCAAUACAUUGCCUACAUUGUGGCUUCAUUCUCCUGUUGUGAAUUCAACGGAAAUGAUGAGUAUGCCUAAUGUGAAUAGUGUGACAGAUUUGGCGAGUAAUAUUGUACAGAAUAGUGGGACUGCACUGAAUCCACUUGUUGCUGCUGUGCUUGUGAAUUGUGCCACAGUGAACAUGAUAAGUCAGCUAGCUGGAUCUAUGUGUACUCCGAUGGUGAACAGCAGUAUGAUCGAUGGUAAUGUUAAUGGUAGUAAUGUGAACAACAAUAGUGAGUACACUAGUAGUGCUUGUAGUGUUAGUGGUGGUAACAACGGAGUCAACACAGUAACAAUCCCUACAGCGUCAUUAUUUCCCAAUUUGUUAUCUGCUAUUCCGUUGUCUACGUAUAUUUCGGGAUUAGGACUGAAUACAACUGGAGGUAUAAUUACUUCACCAAAUAGUUUGUGUAAUGUUGGUGUUACUAGUACAGCUGUUUCGUCUGCUGCAACUCUCAAUACGAACAGUAAUAACAAUAAUAAUAUUGGUGGUAUGAUUGUGAGACCAUCGAAUGUUGAGAAUAUUAUGUUUUCAUUGUCAUCUGGUAGAAAUCAAGCUAAAAGUGAUAACUUAUUAUAUAAUAUUGGGAAAUUCGAUGUAAAUGAUUCAGUGGGGAAUGUUCUUAAAACAAAUACCAUUAAUAGAUUAACACCUACAGAUACUGAAUCAUCUGUGGUAGUUCCCUUUCCCACAGUUUCGUCCAGUAUUAAUUCUACUAAAGAAUUAAGGAAGUAUCACUGUACAUAUCCAGAAUGUAACAAAUCUUACACGAGACGAUAUCGAUUAAACCUACAUAUAUCAACACAUACUGAUACUGGUCCGAUAUCAUGUGAUACACCUAAUUGCAACGUGAAAUGUUUUUCAGAAGAGGAUUUAAAAAGACAUAAAUUAUCUCAACAUUCAUCAGUUGAUAAGGAUUCGCGUCGUCGACAUGCUUGUACAUUUCCCAGAUGCAGUAGAUCCUAUUCAGAGUUGAAUAGACUCGAAGAACAUUUAAGAACUCAUAGUGGUGAAAGACCCUACGUUUGUAGAAAACCUGGUUGUGGUGCUACUUUCGCACGAUUAUCCGGAGUUAAAUCUCAUGAAUUAACUCAUGUAUAUGUCUGUAAAAGUUCUAAACGACUGGCACAAUAUCCUAUCACUAUGGUUGGUAACAUAUUCGGAACAAGUUUUGAUACUUCUGAACCAAUAUUGAAUAAUCAGGGUAGCUCUGAAAUAACUAAUAUUUCACCACAUGUGUUACCUAAAUCAACAGAAUCAAUUGAAAUUACAAGUGAAAUAUCAAUAGCACCGAGUAUUCAUAAAAAUCGUACUCUUCCACUUAUUGCACCGAAAUCAAGUGCACCUCUUCUUAAACCGUCUAUUCCCACAGUAAGUUGGGAUUCCGGAAUGAAGUUAACUCAUGUUUGUCCAUUUAAAGAAUGCGGUAAAGCAUUCCUGAAAAGAAAUAAACUUCGUGAUCAUAUAUAUCGACAUACGGGUGUACGACCUUUUGUUUGUGAUCAAUGUAAUGCAUCAUUCGUUCAAAGGUAUGAAUUACGAUGUCACACUUAUGUCCACCUUCGUGGUGCACGGCCUAGUAACUAAUAAUUAAUUAUAUUUUCUUACUAAUAUCAUCCAUCCAAUUAACAUCUAAUUAAACACUCAUAUGCUCAGUGAUUUUAGUUAUAAUUAUUGGUACUAUCGUUAACAAAAUCCAUGUUACCUUGUAAUCUCAUUGACCAGUUUUUGUCUGAACUUUAUAGUUAGUGAAUAAAUCGAUAUCUGGUUUAAUAUUCUACCUAUGUAUUGUAUAUAUUGUAUAAAUUGAACUGCUUUUAGAAGUUACUAUCAUUGGGUUAUGUACAUUAUAUAUGUAGAAAGGAAAGAUUUUGUAACAAUAUCUGUUCUAUU